GUUGCAUUGUAUUCGAAGUUUAUGCCUUCGAGUUCGAGUACAAUGCAACAUACAAUACAAAUGACUUACUUCGUAAAAACUGUGCCAUCAAUAAUUUUCAAACGAAUAUAAAAGGGACAACAUAAAGUUUAGGGCAACGGCCAUGCAACAGCAUGAAUUUUGUGAACAGUGUUGCCAUAUCUGUUUAUAAUUUAGACAUAUGAAUUUAGACCUUGUUUAAAAUGUUUUUUUUAUAAUUUAGAUGUUUAUUUCAUAAGUUAGUUUAUUCAUUUAAGUUAGUUUCUUUUUAUUACUAUUUAGUCUUUUAGAUAUUUUAUUAGUUAGAGUUUACAGUCUACAGUUUAAGUUAGUUUCUUUUUAUUACUAUUUAGUAUUUUAGAUAUUUUAUUAGUUACAGUUUAGAAAUCUUCACAUUGUUUAUUAUUUCUAUUAACGGUAAAAGUCUAGGAAAAGUGCAUGCUAAAUUUGAGGUGAAAUUAGAGAAAUUUUAUUAUGUAUGCCUUUGUACUCACUUAAUAAUGCUCUUAAAAAUACGAUACGUGUAUUUCAAUGCAUAUUUGUUCUAUAAUUAGUUCAAUUCUCAUUUAAAAAUUCCUUUUUUAACAUAAAUUUUCAAAUAUAUCCCUCCAUCUUGAUUGUUUCCUUGUUAAUGUCAUGUCACUUUUCUACCAAUGUUGCCAUAUUUUCAAAAAAUAUUAUUUCUUGCAAAAUUUUGUAAUUUAAAUAUAAAUAUAAGUACCGUUUUUAUAAUAAUAUUCUAGAAUGACUAAAACGGGCAGAUUGCAACUGUGCGCAGCGGUCAGGGUUCUCAACAGGGUGUCUAAGUUUUAUUUACUUCUUAUUCGCUUUGAACGGAAAUUUGGCUAAUUUUAAAAAAUUAAUAUAUUAUAUAUUAUACAGUACAAUUUUCAAAGGAGGAAGACCUAACCCUUCGGUCCAAACCUAACUUUCGGGUAUUAGAGUGUAGAGUACCCCAGGAGGUAGUGACUUAUUACCUUUUAAAUAUUUCUUAGUGACUAAAACAUAACCUGACCAAACCUAACCUAAACUAACCGAAACUAAUAUAAACAUAACUGAUGAAGACAAAAUUAAAACAAAAUAAUAUGUAGUUUUUUCAAAAUUAUAUUAUUUUUUUACAUUUUUACAAAAUUUUGCAAGAGAAUAUUUUUGAAAAUAUGGCAACAUUGGUAGAAAAGUGACAUGACAUUAAGGACAGAACAAUCAAGAUGGAGGAUAUAUUUGAAAAUUCAUGUUAAAACAGAAAUUUUAAAUGAGAAUUAUAGAAAAAAUAUGCAUGGAAAUUCGGAAGCCGUGAUUUUUUUAGCAUUAUAAAGUGAGUAGAAAGACAUACAUAAGAUUUUUUUUGUGUUUCCACCUUCCAAUUGCCGUUCCCAUUACCUAGACAUUAUCCCUAUUAACUAUUGCCACUAUUGAUUUUUAUAUAAUUUUAAUGCUUUUAAUAUAUUUUCUGAUUUAUAUUAAAUUAUAUAUUGUGUUCUAUUCAAUUUUGAAUUUUAGAUGUUACAGUAAGAAAUAUUUUACAACAUGGCAACACUGUCAGUGUUUUUAGAUUACCUCAAAUGUCAACUACAAUACAAAUUGGUUAUGUUUGGUUUUGGUUGCCCUAAACUUGAUGUUGUCCUAUAAAAGUUAUCAAAGCGUUGGUUUCCUUUUCCUUAUAGAAUUUUUAUUUUGUUAUAGAGAUUUCACUUUUUGGGUGUAAAAUUAUUAUUGGUGUAUAUACAUAAAAAUCAAGUUAAUCAAAUGGAAGUACCUAAAAGAAAUUGGCGGGGAAACGUAUUAACAAUAUAGGAAUAAACCAAACCCAUUUGAAGAUGACCAAGAAACUGUAAAAGAUUAUCUCCAAGAACAUGAUAUGUAAAUUAUGGAAGCACUAAGUGAACAGUUAUCUCACGAAGAAAUUGACAUGGAUCCGCAUGCUGAAGGAAAAACAGUAAAUAAAAAUAAGAAAGUUGUGGACAAACAUUUGAGAAGACCCAUUGGAAAAAAGUCGCGCAAGUGUGAUAUUUGUUUUAAGCAAUUUAGUCACAGCAGGUCUUUGAAACCUCAUUUGAGAGUGCACACUGGAGAAAAACCUCACAAGUGUGACAUUUGUUCUAAACAGUGUACUACAGCUGGUAAUUUGAAAAGUCAUUUGAAAGUACACACUGGAGAAAAACCUCACAAGUGUGAAGUUUGUUUGAAGCAAUUUAGUCACGCAGGUAAUUUGAAAGACCAUUUAAGAGUGCACACUGGAGAAAAACCUCACAAGUGUGAAAUUUGUUUUAAGCAGUUCACUACAGCAAGUAAUUUGAAAGAACAUUUGAGAGUGCACACUCGAAUAAAACCUUACAAGUGUGAAAUUUGUUUACAACAGUUUAUUUAUAUAGGUGAUUUGAAAACACAUUCGAGAGUGCAUAGUGGAGAAAAGCCUCCCGAGUGUGAAGUUUGUUUUAAGCAGUUUAAUAGAGCAAGCAAUUUGCAGAAGCAUUUGAGAGUACACACUGGAGAAAAACCGUACACAUGUGGAGUUUGUUUCAAGCAGUUUGCUCGAAAAAGCGAGUUAACUCCACACAUGGUAGUUCACACUAAAGAAAAAGCAUACAAGUGUAACAUUUGUUUCAAAAAGUUUUCUCUAGCAAAUAAUUUCAAUAGACAUUUGAUUACACACACUGGGGAAAAACCUCACAAGUGUGAAAUUUGUUAUAAGCAGUUUGCUUUCAAACAUUAUUUAACAAGGCACACUAAAGUUCACACUGAAGAAAAAACUUACAAGAAGUGUGAAAUUUGUUCUAAACAAUUUAGUGAAUCUCGAAGUUUGAAAAAGCAUUUAAGGACGCACACGGGAGAAAAGCCUUAUAAGUGUGAAAUUUGUUCUAAGCAUUUUACUAGUUCACAUUACUUGAAAACACAUUUGAGAGUGCACACUGGAGAAAAACCUCACAAGUGUGAAAUUUGUUCUAAGCAAUUUACUGAAGCAGGUAGUUUGAAAAUACAUUUGAGAACUCAUACUGGAGAAAAACCCCACAGAUGUAAAAUUUGUUUUAAGCAAUUUAUUCAAGCAGAUCACCUAAAAAAACAUUUGAGAGUGCACACUGGGGAAAAACCUUAUAAGUGUGAAAUUUGUUUUAAGCAAUUUAGUGAAGCAGGGACUUUAAAAAAGCAUUUAAGGAUACACACUGGAGAAAAGAAUUAUAAAUGCGAAAUUUGUUUUAAGCAGUUUACUGAAGCAACUCAUUUGACAAAACAUUUUAGAGUGCACACUGGAGAAAAACCUCACAAGUGUGAAAUUUGUUCCAAACAGUGUACCACAGCAGGUAAUUUGAAAGUACAUUUGAGAGUGCACACUGGAGAAAAACCUCACAAGUGUGAAAUAUGUUUUAAGCAGUUCACUACAGCAAGUCACUUGAAAAAACAUUUGCUAAUACACAAUGGAGAAAAAUCUCACAAGUGUGACAUUUGUUUUAAGCAAUUUUCUCAAAAAAGUAUGUUAAAAGAUCAUUCGAAAAUACACGCUAGAGAAAAGCUUUACGAGUGUGAAAUUUGUUUAGAGGAAUUUUGUGAACGAGGUGAUUUGAAAACACAUUUGAGUGUGCACUCUACAGACAGUUCUUGACGUUUGUUUUAAACUUAACACGUUGAUGGAUAGAACGCCUAUAGACGUCUAAUUUCCAUUGAUGUAAUGUGACCCAACGUCUAUAGACGACACUUUUAAAAUAACGAGUUGUGACAAAAAAUGUCACAUUAUAAGGCAGUCAAUGAGGGUAUUUGGCUCCGAAUUCCAUCCUACUGCAUCAAUUUACUUGAUAUUUUCACAGUAAGUAGGAAAUAGCCCAAGAAACAGUCUAUCCUAUAUACUAUGGCGUUUUUAUCUUGGGGUCGGUUCCCAGCCCUUCAAGUGGGUGGAAAAUUUUAACCACGGAAGUGAAUAGAGAACCUAAUUCUAAACAAAAACUGUUGUAUAUACAGGGUGGUUCAUCUUAUUCGCCUCGGUCUCUCUACGGAAAACCACUUGAUAUUUUAAAAAAAUUCUUCAUAGGAAUAUACAGGGCCUUUAAUACUACAAUCUUGAAAUAAUGUGAAUUAUACAGGGUGCUCCAAAAAGGAGUUGUAUAUCAAAGUUAUAUUUUUUCUUAUGGAAUGCCCUAUAUCUGA